CCCUCAAAUUUCUUUCUUUUUUUUCCUUGAAAAUUGUUCGUUUUAUUAAACUUUUCCCCUGCCGGGAAGCUCUUCUUUGGCGUCCCUGGCGUUGAUUUCAAGAGAAAAAGAAAUCAAACCCAUCCCGUCGUCUCCCUUAAUUGGCAUUUUCGUGUUUAAUUUCUUUUUUGUAUUUCUUUCAAAACUUUCUCCCCUUGUUUGAGCUCAAGGCGGUGGGAAGUUUGUAGAACAUUUUUUUUCUCCUUAAGAACAAACAGAAGAAAAGAUUUUUCUGUUUUAGAACAAUUUUUUUUAAAAUUUAUUUACGAAGCAUCCUCUUGAUAGAAAUUCUUCCAAAUUUUUUGCUGUUUCCUUUUCACAGUUAUUCUUUAGAUUUCUUUUUUCCUUUCCAAUUGGCAAUUAGAGUUCAGAUAGAUUUCUUUUUUAAUUCAUUUUUCGCGUCAAUGCAUCGCUUUUCUAAUUCAAGAACUUUAAUCAUUUUUAAUUGAAAAUAUGAUAAAAAUUAACCCUAAAAAAUAAUUAUAGAAUAGAUUUUUAACACGGAUUUUUGCUUUUUUAACUUGUUUUUUUUUUAAUUUGAUUUUCUUUUUGUUGUUUUUUCUUUUCUUUUUAAUCAUUCGCGCAUUCAUUCAACCUCUAAUAAUUCAAGAAAAAAAAAUCAGUGAUUUUCAACAAAUUUUCUGUAGAUUUCUUAUCAAAAAUUUGCAAAGAUUUUGGUAUUUAUUUUGUGAUUUCUAAAUAAGGAAUAAUUGAAGAGUUUCAAAUAAAACUGUUUGGAAAAUUGUAGGUAUUUAAUAUAUAAAAAUUUAAUUUACUUUUUGAAUGUUUGAUUAUUGCAAAAAAAAAAUAAUCUGACUUUUCUGAGAACCCUGAAAUUUUUAUUUAGUACCUUUCAGACCUUAAAGUAUAAAAUUCAGCCUCUGAAAAUUCUAAUAUAUUUAAUUUAUGUAAAAUUCUAAUACUCUAAAUCUAGAAUUGAUUAAUUUAAGAAACUGAAUUAAGUAUGUCCCUAAUUUAUUACUCUAACGUUAAAUUUACUAUUCAGACUUCAGAAAAAUUGAUAAUUCAUGUCGUGAAACUUUAAGUAAAAAAAUUGAAAGUAAUUUUUGAAUUUCUAAAAUUGAAAAUUAAAAUUUUGAAAUUUAAAUUGCCAAAUUUUCAUUGCUAAUUUUAUUCUUUUUUAUUGAACUAAAAAUUGAAUUUCAAAAGAAUUUUAAAAUUUUCUUUCUGUCUUAAAAAAAUUAAAAGAAUAUUGUUAGAUGCUAUAGCAAAAUUUUAAAGGAUAUUUUUGCAAUUUAUUUUGACUUCAUUAGGAAAUUUCUAAAAUCUGAAUUUUCUCAUUAUUCUUACAAUUUAAAGUGUGAGGAAUUCUUGAAUCUAAGCAGCAGUCAAUAAAUGAAAAACUAAAUUAUGCUAAUCAGCAAAGUUUCAACAAUUCCUCACACUACACAGUCAUUAAAAAUGUCUCAAAAUUUUACAAUUAAAUUAAAAAAAUAAUAAUUCUUUAAAUUGAAAAUCACUAAUUUCUUCCUUGUUUUGCUUUUAAAAUUUUUGUUUCAUUUCUAUCACUCACAAAUUAAUUCCAAGGCCCCAUUUCUUUCUUAUUAGACAAAUCGUCAAUAGAAUAAAUUAUUUCCAUAAUUUCCUUUAGCAAAUAUUUCAUUAGAAAAUUCCUCCAUUAAAUGGAAAUCAUCCUUCAAUUAGGAAAUAAAAGAAGUAGUUUUAUUUUUUAUUCUGUUCUUUAAGUGGAAUUGAUUUUCUUUUUGGUUUGCAUUUCUCUGUUGAUUGUUUGUUCUUUGCGUUUUGUUAUUUGCUUUUUUACCGCGAAAAAGUAGAUUAAAUAAAAAAGUCAAUGUUGAUGCAUUCUUUCUCUCUCUGUGAUGUCUUUCUAAAAAAAUAAAAAGAAAAUGCACCAAAAGAGAUUUUUCUUUGCUCUCUGAAUGACAAGGAAAAAGAGAAAAUUGUCUUCCAGAGAUGUCUUGUUGGGCUCUCCCUCCGCAAAAGGACCUUCCGGGAGAGCCCACAAGACGUCCCGAAAAAAAAAUGAAAAAAGGGAGGAAAUUCAAUUUGCCGAAGAGACUAAUAUCGAUGGAUCGCGUGCAUUUGUUUGAGGGGGUAAUUAAUUAAUUUUUGAUGCAUUCGAGAGAAUUCUUAUUUGCUGCUCUGGAUGAAAAAUUUAGGAUAUUUAUAUUGCAGACCUUGAUGGAAUAUUCAGGGGGGUUAUGUGUGCUGACUUGGCCCUCAAAUAUCCAUCGAUAAAAUACUCUCUUUGACUUUCCUCAACAUUUUCCCAGCAUUUUCCCUUCACGUCGUCGUCGUCGUUGGUGUCUGUUUGUGUAUGAUUGAUAUCUUUUGCCUGAAUGAGAGAUUUUCCUUUUUUUUUGUUUUAAAGUUUUACUUUUAAAAUUCAAUAAAAAAAUUAGUUUUAGUCAAAGGAAAAAAUUUGAGAUUUAUUAAUUUGAAUUUAGCAACAAUCCCCAAAUCACAAAACCAUCACCAACACCUCAUGAAUUUAUUAUUAUUUAUUUUAAUUUAAUUUUUUUUUUAUACAAGAAAACAUUUUUUUAUGUUGUGCAGAAAUUUCUCUACUUUUGCUUCUUUAUUUUCUGUUUCUAUUUUUAUGAUUUUUUAUUCUAUUUAUUUUGCGCCAAAUUUUAUAUUAUUAUUUUGCAACAAAAAAAAUCCCAAUGAGACAAAGAAAAAUUAAGCAAAAUUUUAUACAGCACCCCAGAGUUGAUGAGAUGGUAGAUGAAAGAUAAAGAUAAAUUUAGUUUAUGUUAUUACGUGUUGUUUGCGCCGAAGGUCCGGGUCCGCCGGAUGAUGACUCACCAGAUGGCACGCAAGUUGUUCAGUUAUCUUGCCAUAGCCAUGACACAGACCCAUGUACAUCCUGCCAACGGAGCUUAGCUAAUUCAGUGAGCUCAGAACGGUGUGAUUCGGAAUGUGCGUGCGGCAUUACAAACAACAACAACAACACAACAGGCCAAAAUCAUCACAACCGACACAGUGACAAUGAUCCAUUUGAUUGGUGGUUUCACAGAAGUAAAAGCUCCAAAAAGAGCAGGAGUCAUUCGUCGAGUCAAUUGCACAUGGGCGGAAGUGGAAAUGGCGGCGGUGGUGGUGGUGGUGGAGGCGGAUCAACGCAUCGCUCCUCACCGGUCAGCAGUUGCUGCGGCAGCAGUCAGGGACGAUCGAGUCCCGAUGAUGAAGAUGGGCUCAGGGAGCCACCCAGUUUCCCCCUAAGUCCAGGUCAGCACAAAAUAGCAAAGAAAACUCACGCAAAAAAAAAUAAAUAAGAGAAUAAUUAAGAAGAGAAUGUGAAAGAGGAUCAACCACCAGCAUUAAUCACAUUGAACACACUUUUAUCUUUUUUUUGUGUUAUUUUUUUAUUUAUUCUUUUAGUGAAGGAUUUCAUCAUAAUCAUCGAAAUAUUAUUUUUUUUUAUUAUGAUUUUUGAAAAUAUUUUUUUAUUAGGAAAAUUUUCAUGUGAAAUUCAUUUCUUUUUGCGAAAAUGUUUGUAAAAUGUUGAAAUUGAUGCAAUUUGUUGUUGGCGUUUUGUAAAAAAAAAGAAAA